AUGGUGACGGCUCCUGCCAAGAGACCACAGAAUGUAGUAUCACACGGAAAGACCAUCAUGGUACUUACCAGACUUGUUUUAAACGCCAAGAGUUUGACAGUAGCAGCCUCUGGACUAGCUUCUCUGGCUCCUAAGGCUGGUAGGUUCACGCUGGCGGUGCCGGUAAGUUUAGAGAACGUUUCCACGAAGGAUACAAGGUUGCUGUACAUGACAACUGGAGUUCUUCUUCAGAAAAUAGUUUGUGCCAAAAGCUUAUAUGAAUUCACACACAUUUUCAUUGAUGAAGUGCAUGAGCAUACAGAAGAGAUGGAUUUCUUGCUCCUGGUGAUCCGUAAACUGUUGUGUACAAAUUCACAGUCUGUAAAGGUAAUAUUGAUGUCUGCUUCAAUCAACUGUAAAGAAUUUGCUGAUUACUUUGCACUUACAGAUCAUAAUGGUCUGAAUCCAGCCUGUGUAUUUAAGGUGCAAGGUAAACCUUAUGCAGUCGAAGAAUAUUAUCUUGAUGACUUGAAGCACACUGUUCCUUUCACGCUUUAUCCUCAAAGAAUUGAGGAACCAGUGAUAGUAAGGGAAAUGUAUGAAGUAGCAGUGUCUUUGAUUCAGUCAUUUGAUAAGUUGGAGGUGAAGGGCAAUAGAAAAAACUUCAGUGUUGCAUCAGAUCGUGGAAGUGUGCUAGUAUUUUUGCCAGGUUUGAAUGAAAUAAGCUACAUGCACUCACGUCUCUCAAAGAUGUUCAACACAAAGUGGCAAGUGUGCCCACUUCACUCAAGUGUGACAUUAGAGGAGCAAACCAAUAUAUUUUUGCCUACAGUUCCUGGCUACAGAAAAGUUAUUCUGUCUACAGACAUAGCUGAGAGCUCUCUAACAGUUCCCGGUGUUAAGUAUGUGAUAGAUUUCUGCUUAAUUAGAACUUUGGUUUGUGAUGAGGAAACUAAUUACCAAAGUUUGAGACUUUCCUGGGCAUCUAAAACAAACUGUAAUCAAAGAAAAGGUCGUGCUGGACGUGUUUCCAAAGGGUAUUGUUACAGACUUGUACACAAGGACUUCUGAACAGACUUUAUUCCAGAGAAUUCAAUACCUGACAUACUGCAUUGUCCAUUGGGAACUACAGUCUUAAAAAUAAAAAAGCUUGAUAUGGGGGGACCAAAAGCCUUGCUGGCAACAGCUCUUUCUCCACCCAGCGUAUGUGACAUUGAACAUACUAUACUUCAGCUGAAAGAGCUAGAAGCACUUACAGCUUGUAUGGAAACAGAAGAAAACCCACAUGAUGGUGAGCUGACAUUCCUAGGAAGGGUAUUGGUAGAGUUGCCAGUGGAUCUGUGUCUUGGAAAAUUGAUUGUCCUUGGGCAUGUCUUUGGGUGCCUAGAAGAAUCCCUUAUUUUAGCUGCAGCACUCUCUCUGUGGAAUUUUUUUGCAGUACCUUUCAAACAGCGUGUCGAUGUAUACAGGAACAAACUGUUUUUUACUAGGAGUAGUAAGAGUGACUGUAUUGCAAUUGUAAAUGCAUUUAAGAAAUGGCAGGCUUGCAGACUGAAAGUGGAGCUGAAACAUCCCAAGGACAAACUUAAGUGGUGUCAAUUGAAUUCUAUUCACAUGAGGAAAGUCAGAGAGGUGGCAGAGUUGUUUCACGACUUGAGCAAACGAGUCAGUGCAUUUAACAUGUAUGUUAAUUCUCAACCACCUGCUGUGGAUCAGGAAUUUGUAUACAAACAGCGCUUCAUUUGGCAGGUUGUAAUAGCUGGUGCUUUCUAUCCAAACUACUUUACUUUUGGAAAAUGUGAUGAAAAAACUGCUGUAAGAGCUCUCGAUGGCAAAGAUCCAAAAACCACUGUAAUGGAAAAAAACAAAGUCCUAUUUAACGGACUUGACUCCAUCUUGUGGAAUAAAGACAGGAUUAGUCUUGCCACAGAAACACUCAUUAAGAUUAAACUAUUAGAUCUAAGCAGCUAUUUAUUUUUAAUGGCUUUUGUGGAGUUCUCCCGUAACCCUAUGGAGAGCUUUAAGAUUCUUCCUGCAGUGUACCUGUCAAUCAAGAUGUCACAGCUGAAAAUUCCUCUAGAGCUGAAUGUUUAUUAUCCAAAUGCUAUUGAAAGGCAGUUGCAAGAUGAGAGACAUGCAAGUGUGGAAUCUUUAAGAGUAAAUGUGGACUGUCAGAAGCAGACAGUGGAGCCUGUGGAACUUACAUUUGGUGCAAUACACCAGUCAGAAAUGAUCUCAGAUCGCUUUUUGUUCAUCGAGGUAACAGAGAUAAUAGAAGCUGGACACUUCUGGGGUUACAGGACAGAUGAAGAAACUAGGACUGUACUCCAGGCUCUAACUGAUGAAAUUAACUGCCAAAACCUGAUGGAUUUGCCAGUGUCUGUACAUCAGGAUUUGGUUUGUCUGGCACCAUUCACUCAUCUGGAACACCAACGGUACUAUAGAGCUCGUGUCCUGUAUGUUUGUGGAGAUUUUGCUCAGGUACAGUUUUUUUUUGUGGAUUAUGGUAAUACAUCCAAAGUGCGUUUAAGGAAAUUAGAAGAGAUUCCAACCUGUCUUCGAGAGCUUCCUUUCCAGGCUUUAGAAUUCAAGAUAUGCAAGAUGCAUCCAUCUGCAGGAUCUCUUGUCUGUGGGCAAUGGUGGAGCUACAGUGCCAGCCAGAGAUUUGCCUCACUAGUAGAUGGCUACACUCUUCUCGUGGAGGUGUAUUCAUUUGUGGAUAACGUUCUGCACAUGGAUAUUUUCCAUUACUCGAGGCAUAGAGGUCUUGUGAAUAUUCGAGAUAUGCUCGUUGAAGAAGGUUAUGCUGAGGUAGCAGAAGAAUCAUACGAAUCACAACAAAACCAUAAUUUGGUCAAUGGAUUAUCUCUGGAUCAAGCAAAGCAAAAAGAGAAAAUGCCUCUGUCUUCAAGAGAGGAAGAAAAGCACCUCAUUGGAAGAUUGUUAGACUUGCUUUCUGACAAUCAAUCUUGUAUGUCAACCCAUAAGGUAAAACUUUCUGGCCCAUUCACUCCUUAUGAGCUGAGAUGCUACGGUUUGACUAGAGUAUCCGAGUUCAGAAACACUCUCAUACAGGAAAAAAGCAUAAACUCUGUUGUUGUCCAUGAUACUCUAGAAGAUCCCUUUCAGCAGUUGUUUGUUGCUGCUGCUUUAUCAACAGAUGCAACCGGGUCUACUGUGACUUUAAAGGAAACUUCUUUGAUGCCUCCUAUUCCUGGCCUGCUUGCACUCCUCAGUAUGCUGUUUGCUCCCACUAUAGAACUCAGGGUUGAUAAAAAUGGAAAGCAUUUUACUGGUGUUCUGUGUGGUUUGGGCUGGAGUUGGACAAGUGGGGCUCCACUGCUUCCAGAAAAUGACAUGGAGCUGACAUUUGAUGUGCGUUCCGGAGUGGAAGACAUAAUAGAGAAUGUAAACAUCCUAAGGACAGCCGUUAACGAGCUUCUCUGUGAAUGUGCAGCGGGUUCUGGGCAAGAGAGAAUGACACAGCUGCAGGAGAAUGUUCGUCAGAAACUUCUAAGUUUAAUCUGCAAAUCAAAACCUCGCGAUAUAAUUGUUCCUAAGUGGUAUGAGAAGUUGUAUGUGUGGAACCAGGUGGAUUCUCAGCGUAUCGUUGGCCAGUCUGAAAAGCUGCAUGAAAGAGGCGAUGGUCUUUUCCAGCUACAUCAGCUUGUUUUGUUGAAUGUUUAA